AUGCCGCGGAAAUCUAACCUACACAAUCAGUAUAGUAAAAAUGCACGACGUAUGCUUGCUAAUAGAGCUCAUGAAUCGGAAGAACAAAUUGCAGCAAGAAACGCAGCUCAACAAAUCAGAACAGCAGAAAUUCGCAGACAAGAGUCUCGAGAACAGCGUGAUGAACGUCUACGACAAAAUGUAUUGAGAACAAGAUCGGCGCGAGAACGGCACAUAGCCACAUUUAGAGAACUUGACAGAGAGCGACAACAAACCAACCGUGCAUUAACACGUGCAUCAUUCGUUCGCCUUGCGUUCGAAUAUGCACCAGAUAUCAAUUACUCUGCACAUACUAAAAUUAUAAUUGGUGCAAUGGAUAAAAUAUGCCAAUAUUGUCAAGCGUUAAAAUUCCGCAAUGAAACGAUUGGUAUGUGUUGUGCAUCUGGAAAAGUUGUACUGGCACCUCUUCCUAUUCCACCGGAACCUUUAAAAUCAUUUCUUGCUGGCGAAUCAGACGAUUCGAAAUUAUUUUUACGUAAGACACGCAAAUUCAAUUCUUGCUUCCAAAUGACGUCCUUUGGCGCAACUAAAAUUUGCGACCUCACAUCUGAUGGAAAUAAUUUUGUAACUACGUUCAAAAUCCAAGGCCAAGUGUACCACAAGAUUGGGUCAUUAAUGCCAAUGCCUAAUGAUGAUCAAAAGUUUCUCCAAAUUUAUUUUAUGGGCAGUUGUGAGGAACGCGAAACAACUCGGUGCCUGCAUAAUUUCAUCGAACAAGCAGAAGAGAGAGCAAUUGUGGAAUCUUUGGAAAACUUUUUUGAAAAUUAUAAUUGGCGUUUAAAUUUUCAUCGAUGUUUCCGGUGA